ACUUUUUUUUUCUUCAUAUUACUUAAUAGUACCUAUAUCCUUUUAAUAAUUUAUAAUGUCUAUGCCUAGCUACAAUCCUAACAACAAUAACAAUUUCUUUGGCCACCCGUAUCACCCAUACAGUGACAACAAUAAGAUGUUCUCAUUUCCUCCUCCUCCACCAUUAGUAGUACCACCAUCUUUUGAUCGAGACAUCUCACCUCCUCGUAAACGAACUCGUACUUCGCCAGAACAGUUAGCUAUUCUCGAGAAAUCCUUCAGUUUAAAUCCCUCGCCCAACAACCGUGUACGUGAGCAAUUAGCUCAUCAAUUAGGUAUGCCUGAGCGAUCAAUUCAAAUCUGGUUUCAAAAUCGCCGUGCCAAAGUCAAAAACCAAGCUAAGAGAUCAGCUCAAUUACAAGAUUCGACACUGUAUAUGCAACAACAAUAUGCUGCAAGUGCUGCUGCUGCUGCCUGUCAAACUGCUGCCUUUCAGCAACAACAAGAUUCAAUCGAUCCCAAUCUGUAUUAUUAUUACUAUUAUUAUUAUUUCCAUCAACAACAACAUCAAAAUGUCAAUGCUGAGGAUAACAAAGCUGUAGGUGACGCUAGUCAAAGCCUUUCAAUGCCUCCUCCUCCUCCUCCUCCACCUACUUCCUCUUCUUCUUCUUUCUCUUCAUCAAGUCCUUGGUCAGUAGAAAAUCAAACUGGCUGCUCCAUGACACCUCCUAUUCAUACUGGCAUGCCUGACUUGACUUUAUCAGCUUCUACUUCAAGUUCCUCUACUACUUCAGACAACUACCGUCAUUCUUCUCAUGUCCAUCGUCGCAAUCAUUAUAGAUCUUCGUCAGCUUCUCUAUCUUCUGAGCGCAUACGAGCUCAUUCUGUGGGCCCUUAUCCUUAUUAUCGAAAACCUACACCUCAAGAAAGACACUCUUCACUGGGUCCUCCUAGCUCCAUUUCUUCAUACCAUUCUACGUCUAAUAUUCAACCACAACAACUCUUGUUCUCAACAGAACCAAGGUUAUAUAACUCCUCAACGAUUAUUGAAGAAGCUUAUCACCUUCCUACAGCUCAUGAAUCAGUGAGAUAUCCUCAACAAACCUAUAAUCUCUCUGUACAAAAUCUUCAAAUUGGUAGCUGGAAGCGUGUUAGUGACUUACAUUGCCAUGUGGACCUAUCGGCUCGCACCUUGAUCUGGUCUAUAGGUGAUGAUCAACAAAGUUUCCGUAUAGAAAUCAAUUUGAAUCUGGUCCAAUUCAUUCGGACGCAUAACCUCGGUAGUCUCUAUAAGCUUGAAUUCUUCUUGAGUUCACCUAGCCAAGUCAAGUUCUUUAUGACAGUGGAUGGUACUUGGGUUCAAUGCCAUGAUUUUACACAAGAUAAACAAGCUUCUUCAGAAAAUGUACAUGUUUUGGAAGGCUUCAGUUUACUACGAGACGAGUUUAUGGACAUUUUGAUGCAAGCACCAGAUCUUCAAUCCUUAGUAAUCGAAGAAGAGAAAGAAGAACAGCCAGAGUCUCAUUGUUGAUGAUAGCAGUGCCAUCACAUCUACAGGAGAUGAUGGCAUGGCAACCAAUUUGCUGUUACUUCAAGGACUACAUUUACCCCAAUAAACUUUCAUGGAGUAGCACAA